AUGGGGGCUGCCCAACGGAAAUAUGGGCAAGCUAGAAAAUCUACAUUAAAUUCCCAGAUUUCUCCCGUCGAGGCAACUUGUAGCGAGCAAGAAAUUGGGGAACAACAAACCAUGAUUUCGGAUGGCCAUAAAAGCUUUGUUUAUGGAUUUCAUACUAUGGUUAACCGACGGCCACUUUGGAAUAUCAUUAUGGAGUUUAAUGCAAAUGUUUCGUUACCUUGGUUGAUUCUUGGUGACUACAACAAUAUUCUUAAAUUUGAUGAGAAAUGUAGUGAAGCGGACAUUACCCCUUAUGAAAUAAAGGAUCUUGCAAAUUGUUGUCUUUAUGUGGGUCUUACGGAUGUGCAAAAUGGGGCAUAUGUUUAUGCAAAUUUUCUUCCCUCCGGAUGCAAUUCAGAGCACUCCCCUUGCAUUGUUUCUAUAUAUGACCAUGUUGGACGUGCAAAGAGACCUUUCAAGUUUUUUAACAUGUGGACCAAGCAUGAGAAAUUCCGUGAUAUUAUUCGAGUUUGCUGGAAUUUUUACUUGCGAGGGACAAAACAAUUUAUCUUUUGCAAGAAAUUGAGCAAAGUUAAGGGUGCUUUGAAGGAGCUUAAUCUUAAGCAUUUUGGGCACAUUUCGGCUAGGGCAAGUGAGGCUAAAAAUGAUUUGGGGGCUGCCCAAUUACAAUUACAUAAUCAGCCCAUGAAUGUGCAUCUUCAACUUAUGGUUGCUAAAUUGAGGAAAAAGGUCGUUGGUUUGUGCGAAGCGGAACGUAGUUUUUAUUAUCAAAAUGCUAAAUGUGUUUUCCUUAAGCAAAGUGAUAAAUGCACAAAGUUCUUUCACUUGGUGGUUAAAAGGAACUCUAGAAGGAAUUUCAUUGCUACUACACUCAAAGAAGACGGGAUGUAUACUACAUCACAAGAUCAAGUUGUUACAGAAUUUGUCAAAUUCUAUACUUCUUUGUUGGGAAAAAAUGCCCCACUCGGCCUAUUGAGAUGGAUAUUGUUACAAAUGGUCCUUUGGUUUCUUUGGAACAAGGGGACUAUUGGUGAUGAUUUUGUUGGGGCUAUCAUGGAGUUCUUCUCUUCGGGUUCCAUCCUCAAACAAAUCAAUCACACGGCCAUUGCUUUGGUGCCUAAAUCGGAUCACACACCGCAUGUUGGUGAUUAUAGGCCCAUCUCUUGUUGUAAUGUUACUUACAAAGUGGUUGCUAAAAUUCUUGCUUCUAGAUUGAGACCCAUUUUAGGAGACAUUGUUGAUCAUGCACAAGCCGCUUUUGUGGAAGAAUGUGUCACUUCUACAACAUAUUUUAUAGUUUUGAAUGGGACUUUGCAUGGAUUUUUCAAAGGUAGUAAAGGACUUCGACAAUGUGACCCCCUUUCCCCCUUCUUAUUUGUGCUUUGUAUUGAAUACUUCUCGAGAUUGCUUAAAGCUACCACGAAUGAUAGUGAUUUCAACUUUCACCCAAAAUGUGGCCCCCAAAAGAUCACCCAUUUAGCUUUUGCGGAUGAUUUGAUGCUAUUUGCUAGGGGAUGUGUUAUGUUAGUAAAAAUUCUCAUGGAUUACCUUUCAAAAUUAGGCUCGAUAUCGGGAUUAAGAUUGAACGUUCUCAAAUCCAACUUGUUUACAGCUGGAAUUCAUGGACAGCUUCUUGAGGAUAUCUUGCAAUUAACAAAUGUUCCAAAGGGAAGUGAGAUUGAACUUAUAAGGGCGGUUCCUCAAGGAGUGGAAUUUAGCCUUUGUCAGAAAUUCCUUUGGGGAUCUAAGAAACCUUUGGUUGCAUGGAAGGAUCUUUGUCUUCCAAGAGAUGAAGGGGCCUCGGAUUGA